AUGGGAGACAUUACACAUCCUCCAAUGGAUCAGCUUCAGGACCUUGCGUACUGCAUUGAUUCUAAUCCUUCUUGGCCUGAAACCAUUUUGUUGGGAUUUCAGAAUUUUAUCUUAGUACUUGGCACAAGUGUCAUGAUUCCAACAAUGCUUGUCCCUAUGAUGGGAGGAACUGAUAAGGAUAAAGCCCUGGUUAUUCAAACUCUGGUUUUCGUUGCCGGGAUUAACACACUUCUCCAGACAUUAUUUGGAACAAGAUUGCCUGCUAUUGUUGGAGGGUCAUAUGCUUAUGUUGUGCCCAUAGUAUAUAUUAUCAAUGAUUCAUCGUUUCAACAGAUUGAUGAUCCUCAUACAAGAUUUAUACAUUCUAUGAGAGCUAUCCAAGGAGCUAUGAUUGCUGCUGCCAGUAUACAAAUAAUUUUAGGCUACAGCCAACUAUGGGGUCUGUUUUCACGCUUUUUCAGCCCCCUCGGCAUGGCACCUGUAGUUGGAUUAGUUGGUUUGGGUUUGUUUCAACAAGGAUUUCCUGUACUUGGACAUUGUCUGGAGAUUGGUUUGCCGAUGAUGGUAAUGGUCGUUGGAUUGUCACAAUAUCUGAAGCAUGUUAAACCACUAAGAGACUUGCCCAUUUUCGAACGAUUUCCUGUAUUGAUCUGCAUCACUAUUGUUUGGCUGUACGCCUUCAUACUAACUGCUAGCGGAGCUUAUCGCGGCAAACCAAAAUUUACUCAGCUCAGUUGCCGGACUGACCAAGCCAAUAUUAUAUCAACUGCUCCAUGGUUCAUGUUCCCGUAUCCUCUUCAAUGGGGUCCUCCUACUUUUGCCUUUGGACAUUGCUUUGCUAUGAUGUUUGCUGUUCUUGUCUCAAUGGUCGAGUCCACUGCAGCCUACAAGGCUGCCUCUCGUCUGGCAAUUGCGACACUACCUCCUGCGAAUGUGCUCAGCCGCGGCAUUGGCUGGCAAGGAAUAGGCAUUUUGCUCGAUGGUCUUUUUGGAACAGCCACCGGUUCGACUGUAUCUGUGGAAAAUACCGGCCUCCUUGGACUAACUCGAGUUGGAAGCCGCAGGGUGGUUCAGAUCUCAGCUGGCUUCAUGAUAUUCUUUUCUGUCUUCGGGAAAUUUCUUUCUUUUUUCGCAUCCAUACCGUUUGCUAUUUUCGCAGCUCUGUACUGUGUUCUAUUCGGGCUUGUAGGUUCUGUUGGUCUAUCAUUUCUUCAGUUCACUAACAUGAAUUCUAUGAGAAACCUUAUGAUAACUGGCCUUUCACUCUUCCUCGGCAUCUCUGUUCCUCAAUUCUUCGGCGCCAACGGAUUAGUUCACACUCGCGCCGGAUGGUUCAAUGCGACGAUGAACACGGUGUUCAUGUCCCCGCCCACGGUGAGUUUGAUUGUGGCCGUGUUUCUCGACAACACAAUAGUCGUUGAUGAGUCGAAGAAAGAUCGCGGCAUGCCGUGGUGGGACAAGUUCCGGUCAUUCAAAGGCGAUAGUAGAAAUGAAGAGUUCUACACUCUGCCUUUCAACCUCAACAGGUUCUUCCCCUCAUCGUAGCUGUCGAAAAUUUGUCUCGAAAAAAAUUCCUACUAGAUUAGCAUAAAGAUUCAGACUUUUUAGUAGCCUUAUAGAUGAUUAUGAAUCCGGGCUGCAACUAAUUUUGUAUAUUUGAAGCUGAA